AUGUCCCACGAUUUCAAGUUCAGACAGCGACUUGUUUCCUUUGUCACAAUUUCUAGCUAUACGCCACACGGCCCUCAAGAAACUGCAGCAGCCACAACGAUCAGCUCAAACUCGAACCUCGUUCCAGCAACAACGGGACUGGGCCAGUCGCGGAAGCAGACACGGCAGAGCGUCGUUCAAGAUACUAGUCUAGACCGACCAGAACACGACGGUCAGCGCCGUCUUGGACAAGCAAGCUCCCAGCAGCACCAUUCGUUUCAGUACUCUUCUCAGCACAGUCUCUCCCAGCAGCAGAUUAUCUCACAGGUUGCCGUCAAGAUAGGGAUAAGACAAGAAUUCUUGGACAAGCAGAAAAGCCAGAUAGCUGCCAUUUAUAUCAGCACGAAGGAGGACGAGUGUCGUCUCGCCGACAUGGAGCGAAACUACACGGCCGCAAAUCACAUCGAUAUCCAAGUUCAGCUGGAAAUGCAUACAACACGGGAUGAAAUCGCAAUAAAGAGAGACCUGCUGUCACGGAUGAUCAACGGGCUGAGGACCUUUUUAGACGAAACCAAGGAUCUUUCGCUCGCGAUGCCGUAG